CUCUCUGUCUCUCUCUCUCUCCUCUUCCGUGUGAUCUGCUCUCGCUCCUUCGCCCACUCGAGAGGGCGACCUCUUCUCCCUCCUUCCUUCCUUCGAGCUCGGCAGGGACCCUUCCUUCGAGCUCGGCAGCGGAGCCGAGCUGUGCGUGCCGCGGAGGGUUGACCGGGCAUGGCGACGGGGGGAGGAGGAGGAGGAGGAGGAGGAGGGGCGGACUUCGGGGCGGCGGGGGGAGCGGGCGGCAGGAUGCCGACGUGGAGGGAGAGGGAGAACAACAAGCGCAGGGAGCGGCGGCGGCGCGCGAUCGCUGCCAAGAUAUUCUCCGGCCUGCGGGCGCACGGCGGGUACAAGCUGCCCAAGCACUGCGACAACAACGAGGUCCUCAAGGCCCUCUGCAACGAGGCCGGCUGGGUCGUCGAGCCCGACGGCACCACCUACCGCAAGGGAUGCAGACCCGCAGAGCGCAUGGAUGGGAUUGGGUGCUCAGUGUCACCAAGCCCAUGCUCCUCCUAUCAGCCGAGUCCGCGGGCAUCAUACAAUGCAAGCCCUACUUCCUCUUCAUUCCCCAGCGGCGCAUCGUCGCCCUUCCUCCCGCAUUCCAACAACAUGGUAAAUGGCGUCGAUGCAACUCCCAUCCUACCAUGGCUCCAGACGUUCUCCAAUUCGACGGCGUCGAAUAAGCGGCCGCAUCUUCCCCCGCUGCUGAUUCACGGUGGCUCCAUUAGCGCCCCGGUGACUCCUCCACUGAGCUCACCGACUGCUCGCACCCCUCGCAUGAAGACGGACUGGGACGAGUCGGUGAUCCAGCCACCAUGGCAUGGUUCAAACAGUCCCUGCGUGGUGAACUCCACCCCGCCGAGCCCCGGGCGUCAGAUGGUUCCUGACCCGGCAUGGCUGGCCGGUAUCCAGAUCUCGUCAACGAGCCCUUCAUCGCCCACCUUCAGUCUCAUGUCGUCAAACCCAUUCAGCGUCUUCAAAGAAGCGAUUCCGGGCGGUGGUUCGUCGAGGAUGUGCACGCCAGGGCAGAGCGGCACCUGCUCGCCGGUGAUCCCCGGCAUGGCGCGGCACCCGGACGUUCACAUGAUGGACGUGGUUUCUGACGAGUUUGCGUUUGGAAGCAGCACCAACGGCGGCGCUCAGCAGGCCACCGCCGGAUUGGUGAGGGCGUGGGAGGGCGAGAGGAUCCACGAGGACUCCGGAUCGGACGAGCUGGAGCUCACUCUCGGAAGCUCCAGGACGAGGAGCUGAUGCUAACAACACCUAACUCGGGCGGGAUUCUUUCUUGUUGUAGCUUAUUUCUUCUUCUUCUUCUUCUUAUUGGUGUUCCAUUAGUUUCUGAAAGAGAGACCAAGCGUGUGGUUCCUUCAGAUAGCUUUCACUUGAUGUGGUGGUAAAUUGUGUUAUUUAUUUGUGCGAAUUACAAGAGCUAGAGAGGGCGGCCAAAACCAGCUGGCGACCUCGCUUUGGCCGUGAUGUAAGCUCAUUGUGCUGUUGUUGCGACAGAUGUAAAUUGAUGUUAGAAAUCAUGAAGAUUGUCGACCUCCA